UAAAGGGGGGAUAUGAUAUAGAGAUCCAAUUACUUAUUCCCCUCUCUCAACACCAAAAAUCAAUCAAGAGAGAGAGAAAAAGAUAGAUUUAGAGAGAGAAAAUUAAAGAAAUUAAAAAAAAAAUGGAAGAACACCUAAAUCCAUUAGCAAUAACUCAUCUUCUACAAUACACUUUAAGAAGCUUAUGUUGCCAAGACAAUUCUCAAUGGGUUUAUGCUGUCUUUUGGAGGAUCCUUCCUCGAAACUAUCCUCCUCCUAAAUGGGAUACCCAUGGAGGAGUUUAUGAUAGGUCUAGAGGUAACAGAAGAAACUGGAUAUUAGUAUGGGAAGAUGGAUUCUGCAAUUUCUCGGCGUCAGCCACGGCUGAGAUGAACUCCGGUAACGGCGAGUAUCAUCCGACCUCGUCAGCAUCAUCAACAGCUAAUUAUGGUGAUCAACAAUUUCAGCCUUUUCAAGCUAGUCUUCAACCUGAGCUUUUCUUCAAAAUGUCCCAUGAAAUCUACAAUUAUGGUGAAGGUUUGAUCGGGAAAGUAGCAGCAGAUCAUAGUCACAAAUGGAUAUACAAAGAACCGAAUGAGAAUCAAGAAAUCAACUUCUUAUCUGCAUGGCAUAAUUCGGCUGAUGCGCAGCCAAGGACUUGGGAAGCACAAUUCCAGUCGGGUAUUAAGACAAUAGCAUUGAUAGCAGUACGAGAAGGCGUGGUACAAUUAGGAUCAGUGAACAAGGUUGUGGAAGACCUAAGCUAUGUUGUUUUGCUCCGUAAGAAAUUCGCCUACAUUGAGAGCAUCCCUGGGGUGCUCUUACCCCACCCUUCCUCCGCCGCCUUCCCACCGUCCUCAAGGCCUGUAGACGGGUACGGUAUCCCACCCGAAAUGUGGGCUUACCAAGUUGGAGGAGGAGGCCCCAUGGGAAUGGGGCCCACUGCACAACUCAUGGACCAAUAUGAGUACUACAACCAAGCCCAAGCCCAACAACACUCGCCCAUGGCAGCAAGGAUGAUCACCCCUUCAAUGAGCAGCCUUGAGGCCCUACUCUCAAAGCUUCCCUCAGUGGGGCCCAUCCCGUCCCACCAAGGACCAACCGGACAUUGUGGGCCUGAGGCCCAUCAGUUCUUGGGAUCGCCGUCGGCCCAAAAGUUGGCAAAGGAAGAGAUGGAUGAGGAGGAGCAUCAACAAAAUGGAGUUAAUGAUAAUAAUCAUGAAAGGGAGUCAUCUUCAUCAUAUCAGCAGCAUUAUUCGUAUCAUCAACAUGAUCUUAAUCUAGCUGCUAGUCGGCCUAGUACUGGAUUCUAGUUCAAAUUAAAGUUUAUUUUUAAAUUAUUGUUUGAAAUAUUGAUUAAUCAUUUGUAAGAUUGCCACAAAAUUAUUUAAUUAGAUUUAAACUGUAUGUAGUGAUGGUAUGUAUUGUAGCUAGCUAGGGUUCAAGAUCGAUUUUGCUCUACUAUUGUAUAUUUUGUUGCUAUAUAUUUGUAAGUUUAUAUAAUAAAGCAACCUCUAAUAGUCUAAUAGUAUAGAUUAAUUAGUGAUUUGUCA